AUGCAAGGCUUUUAUGCAGCGCUUAGUUACGUCUGGGGUGAACCGCAACCGCACAGCGUCUGCACCACAAAACUCUCUACGUACCUGGAAUCAAUCGACAUACUCCUCCUUCCGAAAACCAUCAGAGAUGCCAUCUUUUGUACCUACAGUCUCAAUCUCCGUUAUCUUUGGGUCGAUACCUUGUGCAUUUUGCAAGAUUUAAACGAAGACAAGCAGCGCGAGAUUCCGCAGAUGUGCGAUAUAUACCGAUGUGCAUAUGUAACAAUCAUCGCAGCCAGCUCGCACAAAGUCAGCGAAGGAUUUCUCCAUAAUCGCAAAAAACCAGUUGAAACACUACUGCCAUUCUGGUGCCCGGAUGGGAGGCUUGGUACCAUCUCAGUUGAUGAAAGUGAUGGGAGUGCCAGGACGCUUUCGAGCAAUGACGUGGAGGCGUUGCUAACAGCCUGGCGGAAUGUUCUAUACGACUACACGCGACGCGCUGUUUCGGAUCCCUCUGACAGGCUCGUAGCGAUCUCAGGGAUCGCUCAGCUUUUCCAACGUUCGUGGGGAAGUAGCAAUCGUUACAUCGCUGGGUUAUGGGAACGCAAUUUGUCCUCCGACCUCCUGUGGUACAGAAAUCGCCCAUCUGACGGAAGUCUUGUUCCAGGGCAAUUUCUUGCACCAUCGUGGUCUUGGGCUGCCACGAUUGGAUGCAUCGCUGCCGGAUGGGACAAAAAAGUCGGAAACAUCAUAUGGGACGUGCACUCAUGCGACGCGAUCCCAGUUUCCGACAAUCACCCUCUUGGCCAGGUGAGAGGCGGGAAAUUAAUCGUUAGAGCUAUCAUGAGAGACGUGACCUGGGAUCCUGCAGAGCCCGAGCUGUUUGAGCUGAAGCGACCGUGUUCAAACAACCAUGCAAAAAGGCGCCAAUCCAAUGAAGUUACCGCGCCUUCAAAAGGGCGGGAACGACACAUUGGUUACGGGUAUUUUGACUACGACAGUGCAGGAAUUGGAGCCGACAAGGGCAAGGCUGUCGUAGUUAGCUCGGAUAAAGAUGAGAACCCAGGCUACUUAACGGGCUUGAUCGUCGUUCCCGCUGAGAGUGCAGGAGAGUUCCGCCGCGUGGGCAUAUUCCAUGUUGAUGGGAGGUUCUAUGAAGAUGAAGAAGCACCUUACUGCGACGUAAAAUCAUGGCUGGAUACACCUAGUACUGAGGCCAUUACGAUAAUUUGA